CUGUCGAGGAUAAAACAUGGAUCGAACGUUUACGAUAAGUUGGUUCAGUAUUGCGGUAAGCCAUUUUAUGUGGAGUUGAAAUUCGAUGGGGAGCAUUUUUUGUUGCAUUGUAAACGAACGACGGCAUCAGAUUCAUCACCGUCCUCGUCAAAAACAUCUGAUGUCUCUUCAUUCGAUUAUCGAUACUACUCUCGGAAUCAGAAUGAUUUCACGGCCACCAUAUCGUCAUCGCUGAACCAGCGAAUCAGCUCAUUUUUCGCGUCGUCUCUAAAAAAUUGUAUCCUCGAUGCCGAAUUGCUGUUGUGGGAUACAGUCGAUAAAAAAUAUGUGGGCAAAGGACGUGCGGCAAGCGAUGGUCGAGUGUACGAUGUGAAGAAUCUGAAGGACAGCGUGACCGUGCAAGCGUGUUUGGCCGUUUUUGAUGUGCUGUUUUUGAAUGGUGAAUCGUUGAUGAACACAACGUUGGAGAAGCGCAAACAACUGCUGCGAAAUGGCUCUGUGUUUUGUGGUGAAGACAGAGGAGUCAUAUUCAAUGCUGACUUCCAUGUAGUCAGCAGUAGGGAUCAGUUCGUGGAAUUGUACCAAAAUGCGAUGCGCGAUGGUGAAGAGGGCAUUGUAGUGAAGAAAAUUGAUUCGUUCUAUAAAAUUGGCGUCCGUUACAUGGUUAAUGGAUGGUUUAAGGUGAAACCGUUUCAUUUGGGCGAAGAAACGUUAGAUUUAGCAAUUGUUGGUGUGGAUCUCGGAAGGAACGGUUAUAUCGAAAACUUUGUGGUGGCUGUUCUCCGAGACGAUAAGUUUUACAUUGUCGGUAAAGUGGCAAGAGGUUUGGACGAUGUCACUCGGAAACGUUUAAUAGGCAAACUGAAAAUGGACCAUGGUUGGUUAAGUGGUAAAAUGGUACCUGAUUGGAUACAUAGGAAGUGCACGAAUAGCGAUAGGGCUACCAACUACGUUCAUAGGGACAAUCUGCAAGUGGUCGAGGUGAAAGCAUCGGGAAUAAUUAAUGGCAAGCUGCAAUUUCCAUCACUACGUUUCUAUCGCGAUGAUAAACCGGUGAAAGAUAUUGACAAAUAUGAGGAUUUUUUGGAUUUUGAAAAG